AAACAGUUUAGUUCGGAGCAAGAUGUCGGCGAGAGUGUUGGUCGCUCGCUAAUUUCUUUGUGGCAUUGCUUUCUCAAGUUUUUAUUCAGUCAAUUUUGUGGUGAAAAGUGUUCAUUUUGUCGCUGAAAUUGUGUGCAAUCCGUGCAGAAAGAACCCAUCUAUCUGGGCAGAGAGUGUUUGGUGCUGGGAAGAUAGGGAUUAGCCCUCCAGGACGCCAGAGAAGUGAAUUGCCAAAAAAAAGUGUUUGUGUUGCUUCUGGUAAAAGUGAUUUUAUCUCUGGCCAUUUGGGAGUGAGAGUCCCACUUUUGUGCUCACGGGCUACAGGAAGUGACCCAGCUUCCAGGCCCAGAUCAAGCCAGUUUCCCGGACAGUGGCUUCUGGGUGGAUAACUGUAAACAAAGACGCGCAAGAAGCAGACAGGAGAAAUUUUACUCGGUGGUUGUGUUUCUGGAGCACGAAGAGGCACGCAAUGAUGGCGAUACUCUAUCAAUUACCAAGACUGUUCUUUUGGGUUUCACUACCAAUGGUUGUGAUGGCUGGAUAUGCUCACGAUGGUGGCCGAAUUCUAGACUUCAAAGAGACUUCCUUCUCCAAUUGGGAGCAAAAUGUCACGUACAAGAGCUCAACGGGCUACCAUGCUCGAGGAAUGGCCCCAAUGUAUCAUAUUACCAAUCGUGUUCUUGAUUUAUUCAUUGGACCCGAUGCAAUUCCCGAAGGUUACAUAAUUGUGUCUGAUCGGAGUGUUUCCUUUGGGCCAAAAGUGCACAAUCAGCAAUAUGGUGAUUUGGCCAAACAUUAUUGGGCUAUUUUGGUGGUUGUCGCUCUGGCAGCACUUAUAAUAGUUCUCACGCCAAUUAUUGGAUUCUGCUUCUGCUGUUGCCGCUGUGCUGGAGCUUGCGGUGGCAGGUCACAGCCCUUUGACAAGAAGCACGAUACUUGUCGUCGUGUCUUCCUGGGAUUGUUCCUAAUUUGUGCCGGGACGGGAAUUGUGUUUGGCGUUGUGGUGGCUUUCGUUACCAAUAGCUACAUGCAGCAGGGCGUUGAGAAUGCCACAGUGUCUGCUAGGGAGGCUGUAGAUGAUACAAGACUCUUUCUCAAGACGACAUCGAGCGAAAUAAAUCAUCUACUUGUGCGGAAUUACAAUGAACUGUCCAAUGAUCUGCAUCAAAUGCUCAAUGAGACAGCCACGGUGACAAUGACGAGGCUCGAUGAAGCCUCAAAUGCCACAUCCCUCACUCAGCUCAAUAAUUUUGUGCAGACACUGCCGCAGGUGAAAGAGAAUCUGGAGCGCCUGAAGGUGCUGACGAGCGAUCUGCAAACAAAUGCAUCACAAUUGAAUGAUGGGCUUCGGGGUGUAAAAAGGGAACUGCUGAAUUCACUGUCGGGUUGCGAUGCUGCUCCGUGUCGCGAUGUCAUGUCACAGUACGAAAUUGGGAAGCUCGAUCUCAAUGGCAUUGACUACAAUCAGAUGCUAGACAGGUAUUUUCCUCGGCUUCCAGAUGUCACAGCCACAAUUGAUAACGUCAAUGGACUGAUAACGGGCAAAUUGAUGUCUUCGCUGGCAAAUGGUCAGCAGGCUGUUGAGGAUGUGAAGAAGAAGAUCAAUGAUGUAAUUGCUGAGAAUAUUCCCAGAGUCAGUAAGGCGAUCAGUGAUGCUGGCCUGGCUAUUAAGGAAGCAUCGAAUGAGGUCACAAGGGCCAUUGACAGGAUAUCCGAUCUAUCUGGGAAUUACACGUACAAAUACUUUGAGACGGCGGAUGAUUAUGUACGAGAGUACAGUGUCUAUCGCUACUACGCUGGGCUUGCCAUCAGCUCAGUGCUCCUGCUCAUCCUUCUUUGCAUCUCAAUGGGGCUUCUCUGUGGCAUUUGUGGCAAGCGACCAGACGGAUAUGGCGAUGAUUGCUGCAACAAAGGAGCUGGCGGGAGGUUCCUCAUGAUGGCUGUUGCUGUGAUCUUUCUCACACUUUCUUUGCUCACCCUGGCAGCUCUAAUUCAAUUCCUCGUGGGAUUAGUUGCUCACCGUGGAGUUUGUGUAUCUCUCAAGAAUCCAACAGAUGAUCAAAUUUUCAAUUAUGUUGAUCGUCUUAUUGAUCUCAACACUGUGAUCUAUCCAUCGUCUUCCAACAAUCGCGGCAAGAGUGGAAAGCAGCAGCUGAGGCAGUUCCAGCGAGAAGUUGAACCAUUUAGGAUUUCUCAGGUGAUCGAGGCAUGCCAUGAGAACAAAGCAGCCUAUGAAGUGCUUCAGUUGAGAAAUUUCCGGGAUAUCAAUGAAAUCCGGGAAUAUCCGGAAAAGUACAAUAUCGAUGGGCUUCUCGAUGAUCUGAUCAGGAGUAUCAAUGUUCAGAGUAAUUUGGUGAUUUUGAAUGCUGAUGCCAGGGCAGAAAUUCAGAGAUUGGCCACGUCGGAGUUGAAUAAUUUCCCAGCUUAUAAAUUUGAACAGCAUCUCAGUGAUGAAAUUACCAAGAUCAAUCUGACGGAGUUGGCGCUAAAGCUGGAAGAAACUGCCCAGAAAAUUCCAACGUCACCCAAUAUGAAUGAUAUUAGGUCGAGUUUGAGGAUUCAGGCGCUGCAUCUGAAGACCUAUCAAACAAAUCUCGUGACUCCGAUGACAGAUGGGAAGAAUGAGAUUCUCACCCUGGCCACGGAUCUCGACAAGACGCUCCAUUUCAAUUCGAACUCCUUUGAGGAGGCCAUCAAUAAGUUCCUGGUGGAAACGGACAAAGCCCAGGACUUUAUCAAUCGCAACGGAACGGAAUUUGUUCAGCAAGUUAUUGGGGAGCUGACUACGGGAUUCCGGAAUGAGAUAACUUCGUAUCUGGAUCUGGUGAUUAGGACAACGGAAAAUCAAGUUGGACGAUGCGGACCGAUUUCUAAUGUCUACAAUGCAACUCUUGUGGCAGCCUGCAACAGAGUCAUUGAUCCUCUCAAUGGUUUCUGGGCUGGAGUGGGAUGGUGCGUCUUGAUUUUCAUCCCAACGGUCAUUUUGUGCGUGAAGCUGUCUGGUCUCUACCAGAAAUCCGAUCCCUAUCCGGGUCCUCUAGUUGAAUCUGAAUAUUUGUACGAUGCUUACAGUGAGAGGGACAACAUUCCAUUGGCAAACAGUGGACCGAAACACAAAAGGCGCAACAAGAAGUACGAACGAAGGAGGAAUUCACGUGAUCCACGGGAUUACUAUGAAGACUCCAAUUCUCCUGGCGGUUCCAGGGACAAUCGAUACAAUGAUAUGGCUCCCAAGCAUUGGGAAGGAGGACCGCCAAGAUACCAAAAUCCACCCAUGGCCCCACCUGCUUCCGAAUACGAACGUCCACCGCCAUACUAUUUCCCAGGUGCUCCAAGUGAACACGAUUAACUUUUCCCCAUUCCAUCCCCAGGAAGUUCUUUCUGCAAAUGGGCAACAUUCAAUUUUGGCUAAGAAAGAGACAGAGAGAUUAAGGAGAAAAGAGGAAAGAUUGAGAUGGAAAUGAUCUUGCUCGUGAUUUAUCGUUUUUGUGUUUUUUUUUCUUUCAGACUAAAAUGAAAAGAUUAGGAUUCUUGAUUUUUUUUUUAAGUAAGAAGAAUUUAAUUAAGAAAUUGUUUACUUUUUUCUUUUUCCAUUUUGGUCAUUUUAUUUUAAUUAGCAAAAAAUUGAAUUUAGGAAUUAAAUGAGACAUUUUCUAUUCCUGUGCUUAGGUAAAACAAAAAGAAAAGAAGAAAAAAAUUGGAGUGAAAGUAGAGGAAAUUGAGAGGUAUAAAAAAAACGGAGAUAUACCCAUUAAAACUGCCAUUUAUUAAAUGAUAAGAAAAAAUAUUUCUCACACUUGAGAGACCAAUUUUUUUUUGUAAGUGAAUUUGAAUUCCAACGACUUUUUUCUGUUAUCUUUCUUCCUCAUUCAUUAGGUUUCUAUUUUAUCAAAUUUACUGGGUAAGUAAUAGAUAAAAAAAAUGCGGUAGAAAGAGAUGAAAAUGUGCAAGACAUUGCAACACCAAUGAGAUUAAAAAAAACUAUUUAUAAUAAUUAUUAAAGAAAAUAGAAACAAAAGAAUUUCCCAAAGCAUCACUCAAUUUAUUGGAAUUUGAUAAAUGGAAUAAUAAAUAUUUUUCUUAUGUAAAUAUUCAAUAUUUCAGAUGAUAUUUUUUCCUUCGGAUUGGUGUAAUAAAUAAAAAAAACAAUUUCUUAAAUGUCACAGAAAAAAAUUUAAAUAAAAAAAACAGGAAGGUAAGAUUCUUUUAAAUUUUUGAAGUGUUGGUUUUGUGAAAGGAUUAAUUCAAGUGAAAAAAUUCAUGAAUCAAGGAUUUUAGAAGAUGAAAAAGGCUGAUUUACUCCUUUAUGAAAAUAAAAGGUUUAUAUUUAAAAAGAUGAAGCAAAAGAAAAAUCAUGUAGUAAUUAUAUUUAAUGAAUAAUUAAAUUUAAUGAACAACCAUUUUAGCCAAUAUGUCACUCUAUUGAAGUGCAUCUCAUAAUCGUAUAUCUUAUUGACAAAAAAAAAUCAACUUAGUAAUAUUUCUCAAGAAGAAAAACAACCAAGAACAAUUCUAUUAAUACCUUCGAGAUUCAGUAAAUAAAAACAAAGAAAACUUUCUGCAUUUUAGAUCUUAAAAAGAAAAUUUCAAAAAAAAAAAUUGAGAGGGUAUUUUUGUCUACAAGCAUUAAAGCUAAAAACAGAAAAAAGAAGAAGAAAAUGUGCAAAUGAUGUGAACAAGAGUCACAAUUUUACCAUGAUUUAGCAAUGGUGAAGAUAUAAAAAAAAAGAAAAGAAUUCUAAUGAAGCAUUUUUAUACUAAAUGUAAAAUAUUUAAAUGUGAUUUUCUCGUUAAUUAAAAAUUAUAUUCAUUUUUUUAUUUACUUCGCAUCACUAAGAUUUUUUUUUUAUUUUUAAGUUUCUGAGAAGAAAACAUUAAAGAAAAAAAAGUGUAGUCAUUCUCUAGAAUAAUAUCAAAUACAUUACAUAUAAUUGCAAGAAAAAUAAUCUAUUUCAUGAUUAUUCAGGAGAGACAUUAAAUGUAAUAAAAGUUGAAAGAGAUGGAGAAA